AUGGCGAAACAGUUCAGGAAGAAGUCUGAACAAGAGAGAUUGCGUGAUCAAAGAGAAAGGGAGCAAUUGGACCGUAAUAUAAGGGAGCGGGACGCAGCAGCAACGCGAAAGCUAUCAGAGCAAAAGCAGGCUUUUGCUACUCGGAGAAGCAAUAUUGUUGGCGACGUUGAAACUUUAAGAAAAGUUUCAAGACAAGAAUAUUUAAAGAAAAGGGAGGCAAAUAAAUUGAAGGAGCUUGGAGAAUCUAUAGAAGAUGAGGAGUACUUGUAUAAAGACGUUAAGCGUACUGAAGCGGAAUACAAUCGAUUAAGUUACGAGAAGAAAAUAUAUGAGCUUGCGACGAAGCAUGAGGCUGCUACUCAUCAUGAUCAUGAUCAGUACUACAGGAUUCCGGAACCCCAUGACGAUCAUGAGGGCGGUGUUAAUCAGGAGAAGCGAUUCUCGGUGGCUUUACAACGUUGCUGGGAUGAUGAUCUGAAUGCCAGGGAUAAAAAAUCAAACCCUUUUGCUGAACAGAAAGCUUGGGAGGAUCAGCAAAUUGGGAAGGCAACAUUGAAGUUUGGUUCGAAAAACAAAAGGCGGAAAUGUGAUGACGAGUAUGAUUUUGUAUUUGAAGACCAGAUUGAAUUUGUCAAGGCGUCGGUACUACUGGAGGGUGAUCAGAUGAUUGCUAACGGUAAUGGUGAUGUCGGGAAAGUGCAACCAACCCAUGAGUUGGAUAAGCUGCGGGAGGAGAGGAAAACAUUACCUAUCUACUCAUUUCGUGAGAGGUUGCUCCAAGAUGUUGAAAAAAAUCAGAUUCUUAUUAUUGUUGGCGAAACUGGAUCUGGAAAAACUACACAGAUACCUCAAUAUCUACACGAGGCCGGGUACACUAGGGGAGGAAAGAAGAUCGGGUGCACACAACCACGGCGAAUUGCUGCAAUGAGUGUUGCUGCCAGGGUUUCUCAAGAGAUGGGUGUCAAGCUUGGGCAUGAGGUUGGUUAUUCCAUCCGUUUCGAGGACUGCACCUCGGAGAAGACUGUUUUGAAAUACAUGACAGAUGGAAUGCUGCUGCGAGAAUUCCUUGGUGAGCCAGAUUUGGCAAGCUACAGUGUGGUGAUGGUGGACGAGGCUCACGAGAGAACACUGUCAACGGAUGUUUUGUUAGGAUUGCUCAAGGACAUUGCACGAUAUAGACCUGAUCUUAAACUGAUCAUUUCAAGUGCUACUCUUGAUGCUGACAAGUUCAGUGAUUUCUUUGAUUCCGCCAAGAUUUUAAGAAUCCCUGGGAGACGGUAUCCGGAAAUAAGGCAGUUGAAGGAAAGGAUAGGAGCGUUAACAGCAGAACUGGAAAAGACAAAAGCUGAUAAUGUUAAACUCUAUGGAAAGAUUCGUUAUGUUCAGGAUUACAGUCUUGAAAAAGUAGUUUCUAGAGGAUCAAAAAAGCCUGCAGAGGAUCUUGAAGGUGGUUUCUCCUCAGAUGUUGAAUCCAAAUACAAGAAGAUAUAUGAGGAUGACAUAAAUCCUUUUGCAGCCUUCUCGAAAAAGGAAAGGGAUCAAAGGUACAAGGAGUUGGGUUUCAGGGAUAGAAUUACACUUAGCAGCGGACGUUUUCUUCUUGGCAACAAGUAUGCUCGGACUUUUGCAUUUUUCUACACUAUUGGGUUGCAUAUACUGGUGUUCACCUGUCUCUACCGAAUGUCAGCUCUGAGCUAUCUUAGCAAUGGUCAGGAGGAUGUAAUUAUUGGCGAUAAACAAGUGAACCUCCCACAUGCGCUCUAGAAUUACAUGACAAAAUAUGUAUAUAAACCGACCAAAAAUUUACCGAACGUUAUGGUAUUCUUUAAGUUUCUUCCAGAUUUGAUUAUAAGGAUAUUGGGAUUUUCGUUUAUUUUCUAUAAAUUUUUUGGUACCGUUGGAGAUAUA